AUGAUGAGAAUCUUAAUCAAUUUUCGUUCAAACCAUUUUAAAAAACGAAAUAUUCCCCCGUUUAUUUAUAAUUUUUUUCACAAUUCUUCGUUAUCAACCUCAUCAAAAUAUUACGAUUUAACUCACCUUCAAACUUCUAGUAUAAUACCUAAAUUUUCUUUAUCAGAUUUCAUCCUAUUACCAAACCACUUUACAUUACAAGAACAAACAUUUUUAUCAACUCAUUCUUUAACAAAAUUAAAAAGAAUUUUUGGUAAAAGAACUAUAUAUCAAUCUUCUCACUUUGAUCAUAUUAUACAUAAUUAUAGAGAAUGUCAAGUAACUAAUUGGACGACUGGUGAUAAUGAAAUUGAACGAGAAAUUAAUAAUUUAUUAAUUCAAAAAGUUUAUAACUUAUUUCCUAAAGAGAUUAAUUGGCUACCUAUACAUAUUUUAGAAUUAGCCGAAUCGAUUGGUGGGAUAAAACCUCAUGUUGAUAAUGUUGAAUAUUCCGGUAAUAUUGUGGCAGGGAUUUGUUUAAUUUCUCCUACUGUAAUGAUAUUAAGACACGUAAAUAAUCCUGAAUGCAAAUUUUCUGUUUUGUUAGAACCUGGUUGUCUUUACAUUCAAAGAGAUACCGUUAGAUAUAAUUUCACCCAUGAAAUUCCUAUUGAUCCCGAACAACACAAAUUUAAAAGUAAUUUAAUCCCAAAAGGACAGAGAAUUUCUCUAAUGUUUAGGGAAAAAGUAUGA